AUGGACCUGGCCAGGCCAAUGCUUGGUGAAAAGGAGUUCACAGCUCUCUGGGGCCUCAAGUUGUGGGAAACUCCAGUCUGCCACUUACCUGUGGACUUGAUGGAGACUCCAGAUGAGGCCAGAUCCCAAGGAGUCAGCGUAUUGGAGACUGGAGAGGAGGAGGUGGAGCAACACACGGGCUUGCAGCAGCUGGAGCCACAGCCCCCACAGCUGGAGCCACAGCCCCCACAGCUAGAGCCACAGCCUCCGCAGCUGGAGCAGGAACAGGCAGGUACACAGCAACACACGGGCUUGCAGCAGCUGGAGCCACAACCCCCACAGCUGGAUCCACAGCCCCCACAGGAGCCACAGCCCCCGCAGGAGCCACAGCCCCCGCAGGAGCCACAGCCCCCACAGCUGGAGCAGGAACAGGCAGGCACACAACAGCACACAGGCACACAGCAGCUGGAGCCACAGCCCCCACAACUGGAGCCACAGCCUCCGGAACAGCCACAGCAGCUCAUGGUUCUGAUGUUGGGUUGA